UCUCGGUUUCUCAUUUCAAUCCCAAACCUCGUCGCGAACGCACGCAAAACUCGGCAGCGGAACAAGUAAAUAUUUAUAAGUGGUCCGCAGAACAACUCGGAAGGUUUAUUCAUCCAAAAUACCCAGCGAUCUAGUGGCGCGUAACCAGUGCGUGUGUGAUAAGGAGUUAAUUGAUAAAGGAAGUGACGGUACCCGCAUAUCUGAAAACGCGAAAUGGCUCUGCGGAAAGGUUUCGCCCUCUUCGGCGCUCUUCUGUUGGUUCUGCUCGCAGAUUCCCAUGCCAAGCCCUCGCAGGAUUUGGGUUUGAGCCCAACGCAAACGGAGAAGCCCAGCGAUCUGAGGGGAGGACUGGUGGCCAAAAAUAAGACAGCUGUCGUGGAGGAUACUUCCCUGAAUUCCGACUCAGAUUCGGAAUCGGAGGAACAGCAAAGGCGGUCGUAUCCCCACCGCGAUGAGGACCAACUGAACUCGGCCACCAACUUGGUGCUGGCCCAGAACUACAAGUACGAUGUGGAGAUCCUGGAGUCCGGAGACGCCGACCAGGAGGACAGUGGGAUGGAUGACACGGACGAUCUGGAGGAGCGUUUCAAGGGACGUGGCGUGGUCUUUAGCACGGAUACUGAGAGCUUUGCCUCCGAGAACAUCGAGGUGGCCCCGGUGGACGUGCAGGCGGAUGCGGUUAGCCAGGGACACGUGCUGCUAGGCAUCGUGGUUGUGGGACUGGCCUUGGUUUCCAUUGCCCUGUACGCCGGCAUGGUCAUAUGGCGCUCGCACCUGGAGCAGCGGUAUGGAAUGCGCGAGCGGUUGGUGAACCAAGAUCUGGAGGAGGAGGCGGGUGGAGCCGAUGAAGGCGAUUAUCACGUCUACGCCCCGACUACCAAGCCGGCUACGCCCAGGGCGUAGUCCGCUCCAAAUCUGGUCCGAUUUGAUCCGAUCCGGUGCGAGACAAUUGGACCUGGUUUCGGUUUAAAGUGCGCGCUCACCACACACACAUCAGAAUUAGACGACAAUCCAUUCCCAGCCACAACGAGGAUGGAGAGCGCGCUCAAUCGCCGUCUAAUGAAUGCCAUAAAUUUCCACGACAAGCUGACACAAUGCAUUCCGCUUCCCAAUUACACUCUAAUGGCGAUGCUAAAGGUCACGCCGAUUUCUAACAUCUAACAGCGCAGUUGACAAGCCCAAUUAGUUAGUAAGUUUCUGUGAUAUUUUUCUAGAGAUUCUUUUGUACGUCCUUGCACUAACAAUAUGCAUAGAGCCCACGUGGGCAAUCGAUAAUAAAGAACUAUUUGUAAAGGUAAAUUAAGCGUUA